UUUGAUAUAUAUUUUUCUCUUUUCCUUUCAACAAUUAGAUAUUCUCCCUUGGCUGGUGAUUUAUUGGCCAAUUCCAUAUUGCCCGGCAAUGCAAUGACCGGUUCGGGUUGGUGUAUAUUCGUUUAUAAUCUAGCACCCGAAACGGAGGAAAAUGUUUUGUGGCAAUUGUUUGGACCAUUUGGUGCCGUCCAAUCGGUUAAGGUUAUACGUGACCUGCAGACUAGCAAAUGCAAAGGUUUCGGUUUCGUUACCAUGACCAACUAUGAUGAAGCGGUUGUGGCUAUACAAUCAUUGAAUGGUUAUACUCUAGGCAAUCGUGUUUUGCAAGUUAGUUUUAAGACCAACAAAACUAAAACAUCUUAAAUUUUAUAAUUUGGGGGUGGGAAAGAUUUUCUUUUUGCAAAAAAAAAAUUCUUGUUUUUUUCUUCUUUUUUUUUCUUUUGCAAAAGACAAAAAGAAAUA